AUGGAGUAUUAUUCCAGUUCAAAAUUGAGAGCUUACUUGAAAAAAGAAGAUGGAUUAAAAGUUUUGGAGCUGAAAGGAAAAAGACUCUCCAGGGUACCUGUUGCGGUCACCGAACUGAGUGAAAUAGAGAAACUUGUGCUGGAGGAAAAUAACCUGAACAACUUGAACAACGUAAACAACCUGAACAAUCUUAUUGUGCUCAAACUGAAUGGUAACAAAUUAACAUAUCUACCAGCUGAGAUCGGUGACCUCACGGAGCUGAGGGAGUUGUGGGUGAGUAACAACCAGUUGGUUGGUUUACCUACCAGUAUACAGAGGCUGACCAAGCUUGAAGAGCUGGACUUGAGUGCAAAUAAUCUAACUGAAUUACCUGCUGAGAUUGGUAAACUAAGGGAGCUGAGGGAGCUGUAUGUGAAUUUCAACCAGCUAACUCAAUUACCUUCCGAGAUUGGUAACCUGAGGAAGUUGAGGGAGCUGUGGGUGAGGAACAACCAGUUGGUUGGAUUACCUACCAGUAUACAGAGGCUGACCAAGCUUGAAAAGCUGCACUUGGGUGACAAUAAUCUAACUCAAUUACCUUCUGAGAUUGGUAACCUGAGGGAGUUGAGGGAGCUGUGGGUGAGGAACAACCAGCUGGUUGGAUUACCUACCAGUAUACAGACGCUGACCAAGCUUGAAGAGCUGCACUUGUAUAACAAUAAUCUAACUGAGCUUCCUGCUGAGAUUGGUAACCUGAGGGAGCUGAGGGUGAUGAAGGUGAGGAACAACCAGUUGGUUGGAUUACCUAUCAGUAUACAGAGGCUGAGCAAGCUUGAAAGGCUGAACUUGGAUGAAAAUGAUCUAAGUGAAUUACCUUCUGAGAUUUGUAACCUGAGGGAGCUGAGGGGGCUGUGGGUGAGGAAAAACCAGUUGGUUGGUUUACCUACCAGUAUACAGAGGCUGUCAAAGCUGGAAACGCUGGGCUUGGAUGGAAAUAAACUAACUGAACUACCUGCUGAGAUUAGUAACUUCAGGGAGCUGAAGGAGCUGUGGGUGAGGAACAUUCAGUUGGUUGGUUUACCUACCAGUAUACAGAAGCUGUCCAAGCUUGAAGAGCUGGACUUGAAUGGAAAUAAACUGACAAACCUCCCUGCUGAGAUUGGUGACCUGAGGGAGCUGAGAAAGAUGUGGGUGAAUGACAACCAAUUGGUUGGUUUACCUUCCACUAUACAGAGGCUGACCAAGCUGAAAGAGUUGUCCUUGGUUGCAAAUAAACUAAAAGAACUGCCUGCUGAGGUUUGUGACCUGAGGGAGCUGACGCAUCUGUAUGUGGGAGGCAAUCCUUUAAAUGUUGAUGCAAUAAGAUGUGCCCUGAAGUUGAAGAAGAAAGGAGUGUAUGUAGCAAUUGAUAUUGCAGGUGAGCUGAGUUAUACAGUAGCAUUCAGAUUUUUCGAAUCUCUCAAAGAAAAGAAAGUUGGUUCCACAUAUUAACAUGUUCAAAAAAGCCAGGGUAAAACUCAACUAUUUGCCAAAUAAACUUGAGUAAACAUUGAAGAUUUUUAGCGUUUUGGCUGAGUUUGUGCUUUGGGAGUUGUCUAUUGUUUCUAGUCUGUCAUUAUACAGCAUUCUUGUUCAGCACGCGUGCAAAGACCGCGCUUGGCUGGCUUCCCGAAUGCUCACCGAGAUAUAAUAAUUUUGGUACAGUGAGACAGGCAAACGCGUGAUACAUAGAGGUUUAAGUCACAAUUUUUAAUCAAUUCUCGUGCUUCUUGUGCCUUUGCAAAAAAAUCAAGAAGUGCUACAUACUAAAUCUACUUACUAUUAAAAAAAUAUCAUUUUUUCAGAGGUUUAAUGCAAGCCAAUAAUUAAACCAAGUCGUGGCGGGAAUAUCUCGGUGAGCAUUCGGAAGUCAGCCAAGCGCGGUCUUUGCACGCGUGCUGAACAAGAAUGCUGUAUAAUGACAGACUAGAAACAAUAGACAACUCCCCAAGCACAAACUCAGCCAAAACGCUAAAAAUCUUCAAUGUUUACUCAAGUUUGGGCUUAUAGAAGAUAAUGUCACAGUUUUUCAAUGACCAUGAAAUUCAGAGUCCGGGUAGUUAGUUAAUCAAUUGUGGCCCUGAAAAAAUUUGAAGGAAAAAAAACUACGAAUUUUUAAGAAAAUGCUUUUUUCGUGAGAAGGACUCUUAAACGCUGACAAACGUCAACAAAUAGCGAAAACUAUAAUUUCUAUAUGUUUGCUUUGCUCGAAAUCGCGCGCAUUUACAAGGCCCUAAAGCGUUUUGCUGACUUGCAAGGACCCAUCUGUUAUAACGAUGCCCAAAAUAAAGAGAUGAAUCUCAUAGUUUAUUAGAUAUAAUCCGUGUAAAGUUUGCUUAUCAUUUUCGCAUAAAUUAUGACCUAAAUUUGGAAACCGCUGAAUUUCUCGAAUUGGGUCUUUGCGAUUUUGGUGAAACUCUGUUCAGCGCAAGGCACUAAUGCGCACUAUGUGUAGCCGAGAGAUUUUCACGAAAAAAUGCCGGCAACAGCAGAUUUUCGACUCAGACCUCAAAGGGGCGUGGCAUUAUAACCACGUGACAUUUACUCCGAUCGCCAAAAAUUUUAUGUUAUAUUGUAGAUUGAUCUAUAUGUUAUCCAUUCUAUGUGUUAGACUUACGAUAAAAGUAAAGGUGGGGAUACCAGAGAGCUUCAAAGUAGGAUGGUACCCCCCCAAAAAAAACUGGGUCGAGUCACCUUAAAUGACAGGAUUUUGGGUAAUUUCUAAGGUUAAUGAACGCCCGACAUUGUACCCCAUCUUAAACAACAUAUUACAUCAACAAGAUCAACCUCAGUUUCACCUUUACCCUAAUAAAAGGGAGUACCAAUCAAAUAUAAUUUUUACAACAACUGAAUUAUGUCUCGCAUGCUGAUUGGCUAAUUUUUAUUAUCAAUAAGAGGACAGACACGUACAAUUUUAAUUUAUGCAAGACGCGGUCAUUUGCCGAAGGAAUGCCGAACUUCUUUGUUUUUGCUUAGUUUAGUUUCGUAGAAGAUUCACUUUCUGUCCUCUGAGAAAAAUAGCCAGAUAGCUCUGAUCAUAGUUAAUUAAAGUGGAAUGGUUGGGAAACCCUUUGUUAUAGGUUUUUGUUAGCUUUUUUGGGCCUCACCGAGCACAACGUUCAAGAGCAUUCCUAUCAUUUUGAAGUUAUUGACCAAUAGAAACAUUGCAUUAAUUUAUUCAGUCAUAAUUUGUGAACAGAAAAAAAAAAGGACUGUGCACGGUCAGGGAGCUUCCAACAUAGCCUACAGCACCAUUGUUUUCAACUUUGAUGUUUGCCGGGUUUCCUAAAGCUGGUUUUCAUAUGUCUGGAAAAUCCCAGACGAAAGGCGAAUUGACUGUUUCCCGACUGUCCCAGGUUUUUGCCGACUAAUAAAAACUCGAAACCGUAGAUAUCCCCGAUCAUAUAGACGGGGACAAAUCUGGAGAAUCAGGAGCGUUUCUAUUUUCCCGGCGCCUCCCAGAUUUCUGCGAUAGUCGGCGAUCAUUCCCGACAAAUGACAACUCACAUUUGUACCGUCGGGGACGUCGGCGAUGGAUCUCGCUCAUUACCAAUCCCCUAAAUUGCUGGGCUCCGGUCCCUCUAACACAAAUAAACGUGACGUCUCUCGAGAAUCUGGGCAGGCUUCUGGCGAUUAUCCGAUAUAUCGGCAAAAUCUGGGAUGGUCGGCAAAAAGUAAAAUCGUGUGGGAUUUUCCCGACAUAAUAUGAAAACCAGGCUUAACUAGUCUCUUCUACUAACUAUGCUCUGAUGCAAGACUUGGCGCCCUGUUUGGAUUCUCUAGCAGAGGAAACUAAACAAGACACUUAGUUUCCAAAAGCGGAGACGACGUGCUUUAAAUUGUACAGUUUCAAAACUGCGAUUUAGAUAUUAAGUGUUUAAUAUUCCUACAUAGCUUUAAAGUUAAAAAAGUAAGAAAACAAUUCUGAAAGUAUAGUUUAUUAAAAACAAAGAGAUUUUUAACGAUAGUUUUCUUUGGCAAGUACUGAGUGUGUUUCUAAUCCUUUUUUCCGAAAGCUAAACAAAAUUUUUGUACAAACUUUAUGAAACUUUGUAAGUACCUGGUGAGUUGAAUUGAAAACUUCAUGCCUUUAAAACCCACCUUUCGGUUUGAUUGUACACAGCUCAUAUGGCUGAAUGGCGUUCAGGACAACAAACAAGAUAAGAACUGAAGUGAUCAACCGGCCGUACGUACACGAUUUCUGUUCGUACUGAUUGGUCAGCAGCUCCUCAAAACUGCCAGGCUAUAGUUUAAUCUACAGACAGCUCAACUGUACAUUGCUUCGACUUGUUCGGUUACUUCAACAGCUUCAAAAUCUUUCCUUGAAAUAAUAUUUAACCUUGGGCUAGUUAACCACUUUAUACAGCCCUAAAAUGCCUCCGUUUUGUCAAGACAAAAAAUAGCGCUGUUCCCAUUCUUGUUUGAAUUGCUAAACAAUUUAAAUUCCUAAUUUAUGCAAGGCAGUGGCGUGACUUAACCUGUCAAAUUUUUGUCAUCAGUAGCCUAUCACCAAGCGAGAAAAGUUAUUAUUUCGGCGGAGCGCGAAGUAAAGGAUUCGCAACGCUCAGGAAUGUCCCAAAGUUGCUUUUUUUUAGACAAGAUUGGGCACGCAAAGUCUGUAGGUUUUCGGUUUUAUUCGGUCAUUUGACAAAGUGAGAGCCAAAUUAGUUCGAGAUAUCAAGAGAUCACUUCGAUUUCUUUGAUUUAUUCUUUAGCUUAGAAUUAUUAAUUUGGCUUUCCCGCGAUUUGAACCGACUCACCUGUGUGACCCGUCAGAUCAGAGGAGACUCUAAGUUGAGGGAUCAGCCGAUUGCGCCACUGCGACCCAAGGUAGUUUGGGAUAUGAAAAAUAGCAAUGAAAUUAUGCACUAGUUUUGGGACAAGAUUGGGCGCGCAAGUUCGUGACUUUUCGGCUUGUUUGGCUAUUUCACGAAAUGAGACCGCAAUUACUUCGAGAUAUCUUGAGAUCACUUCGAGUUUAGUCUUUAAUUUACUCGAAGAAUAAGUAGUGUUGAAAAAAAUUUCACGAGUUAGCGCACCUUAAAAAAUGCUGCAAGACGUUUUGUCUUUAUUGAGUGCUACGUAAUAAAAUUGCUGUCAUGCGUUGGGCGACUUUCUCGAACGUUCUCUACGUUUUUGCAUCAUUCAUGAAUAAUUAAUUAGGGCAUGUUGACAUUUCAGCGCGAGUCAGCAGAUUUGCGUCAGUUACUGAAAUCAUAAAAUAUGUCGAAAAGCUACUACUAUUCGCCUGUUUAGUAUUUCCUAGAACCUUAUGUGAAACAGUAUACAAUUUCCAAGCAAGUUGUUUUGACGAACUAAGUCUUUUCCCAUGAGCUGCAGUGCUGUGUUUAGUCAAGUGUGAUGAAGGUCGAAUUUCAAGUUCUGUGCUUACAAGUUGGCGGAAGCCGUAAGAUACCUGAAGUUCAAGUGCGAGUUUGUGAUUAUUGGCAGAGGCUGUUUAGUUUUACUUAAGUUCAAGUCAAGUUUGUGUAGGCGGAUGCUGUGUUUUAAAGCUCUGUAAAGACUGCGUUCCUUUGGUAUUAAACUUCCUUGUGUUAAUACGAAAUCCGUGCGUGCUGAUAGUCAGUGAAUAAUUAUCCUCAAAACAUUCGAACUCGUAACAUUGGUUUUAGCCAAUUCCAUGCUCAACGUAAUUGACUCCUUACCCAUGCCUUACAUAUCUUUUAUCAGUAGAUAAGACGAUUAUGCUGUUUUUGAAGCCUGAUGUAAAAAAAGUAGAGAAUUCUUUUUUCACUGUUUGUUUUGUUAGACUUGUUACUGACCGCCAGUAACCUCAUAUUUGACCGGCCGUCGAUAAAACCCGGAACGCGGAACAUUCCAAAAACAAGAACAAUUUCUUCUACUCGGAUAUGAUAUCGGUUUCUUUUUCUUUCUUCAUUUGUUGUUUUUAUGUUAUUUUAUGUUACUUUGUUUAUUAUUAAUUUUUACAAAUAUUAUUUUAUUAUUUUUAUUCUAUUUACUUUUUUUUAAUGAAAAUUAUUUUUAUUUUUCGCAUGCUACGGAAUGUUCCGUGUUCCUGGUUUAAUCGACGCCGUAUAAAUAGACUUGGGUCUAAACGUUUAGACCCAAGUCAAAUUUAGAAGGAUUUGUAUGGAGUCAUCAGAGCAUACCUGGGCUAAUAUCUCAGAUACAAUUUGCCCCGAAAUGCUAGUUUUUGGCAAGUAUGCCUCUUGGGUGUUGCUCUUUUCAGAAUAUCCUGACAAAUCCCAUAAUUUCACAAAUUGACACCUUACUCUUACCAUGUAUUAUUUCUUACUAUUCCUCCACAUUUACAGUUAAUCAGGUCCACAACCACGACGCCGAAGUGUACGCUCCAUAGCGUCCUGUUGACAAUAGCAUUGCGCUAGUGUAAAAAAGUCAUAAAUUUUCUUUUGUUUUCUUCAUUUUUACCGGCAAUAUUUGACUAUCUUGAGCUUUUGUUAUUGUAAAAAAUGGUAGUGUUAAACAAUGUUAUGAUGUCAUUUUAUCAUCAACAAGAGGACAGAUGAUAAAAAACUGGCGUCAAUUUGUUAAAUUCCCACAACUUUUGAAUGGUGUGUUAGUAUGUGUAAUCAAAUAGUGACGAGUGAGUGAAUUAGGGAAUAAUUUCACGCGCGUUUUGUCCAAAUCCUAAUAAUACUAAUAAUAAUACUAAAGGCUCGGGAAAUUAUUAGGAUUUGGACAAAACGCAAGUGAAAUUAUUCCCUAAUUUCACGAGUAUACCAUUUUAUUACCUAUUAAUAUCAUGGGUGACGAAUUACGUUAGCAAUCUUGGAUUUUUAAUAUGUCUAUCCUGGAUCGUAUCGAUCGAGAACUCCACUCUCUCAAAUGUUUAGACCUUAAAUUUGGCGUACAAAGUUCAGAAUUUUUCAGACUUUUUCGGCAAAAUACCUGUUAGAAUCCUUCUUGAUGUUCUCUUGUGUGUUCGGGCUUUCUAAAGCGUCUUUUUGUGCCCUGACAUCUUCAUUCACUUCGUCGCCAUCUUGACACUAAGACGUACGGAGGGUUGCCAUGGCAAUUUUGUAAUUUCACAUGUGAAAUUACAAAUUAACGCUGAAAUUUCGCGCCAAAAUUAAGGAAUAAUUCGUCACCUAUGAUAUUGUAUCUGUAACACUGGAAAUUCUGGUUACAACAGAGUAUUGAAACCAUACUCUCAGACUCAUUAAUAAUUCAUUAAGAAAAUACAAAGGAAAUUAAUGUUUAAUGAGUGUUUGGAAAUCGGAUGAAACACUGCUUAGUAUUUGCAUCCUUAAUUUCUCCUUCAAAGAUGAUUUUGUUUGAGAAGAAAUAUCAAACAUUCGACACAGUGUUUCAUCACCAGAUGAAACACUGCAUCUCAUGUUUGAUAUAUUACGUGAAAAAUAAGAAGUAAAGAUGAAUGAUUAUCAUAUCAUUGGUGUGGGGCAAAGCCUGGUCUCAGAAAAAAAUUAACCCCUCCCCCAUGGCCUCUAAAGGUCAGUCAUGUGAUGUAACUAAACAUGUCAUAAGUACUGCUCUGAUCGGCAAUGUUGGACUGGAAACUAAACCGCUAGAACGACAUUAAUUAUCUUUAUUUAGUCGUCGUUUUUUUUUCCACCAGUUCCUUCAGAAAUAGAAGCACUCGGAGAAAGAGCACAGCUUGCUUAUCAAAGUGCUCUUAAAGAUGGAGCUGUCAAUGUUUACCGUGGUCGAGUGUUUCUUAUUGGCCAGGAUCGGGCAGGGAAAACAAGUUUAAAGAAGUCU